CACCGAUCAAAACAACAACAUCUCCGACACGUCAGAAUAGAAUACUCUUGAGAAUAUUUGUUUUUCGAGCAGAGCAGAUAUUUGCACAGCCGUCGUUGGCCUGCAUUGGACAAAACUGGGAAGUACACGCCAGAAGCAGACACUUGGAGCCAUGGCGCGGAACGUGGCCCUGCUGGGAUUGGCCCUGAUUGCGAUUUCCUCGGUGGUCGCCCUGCCCGUCACGCAGACCAAGAAGGAUCCCAAGGAGGCGGAGUCCUCCACCCCGGCCACCGCCGACGUGGAGACGGCCCUGGAGUACGAGCGCUAUCUGCGGGAGGUGGUCGAGGCCCUCGAGGCGGAUCCCGAGUUCCGCAAGAAGCUGGACAAGGCGCCCGAGGCCGACAUCCGGAGCGGCAAGAUCGCCCAGGAGCUGGACUAUGUGAACCACCAUGUGCGCACCAAGCUGGACGAGAUCAAGCGGCGCGAGGUGGAGCGCCUGCGCGAACUGGCCAACCAGGCGUACGAGCUGUCCAACGACAUUGACCGGAAGCACAUCAAGGUGUCCCAGCACCUGGACCACGACAACGAGCACACCUUCGAGAUCGAGGACCUGCGCAAGCUGAUCCAGAAGACCUCCGACGACCUGGCCGAGGCGGAUCGCAAGCGGCGCGGCGAGUUCAAGGAGUACGAAAUGCAGAAGGAGUUCGAGCGGGAGGCGCAGAAGAAGGAGAUGGACGAGGAGUCGCGCAAGAAGUUCGAGGCGGAGGUCAAGGAGAAGGAGAAGAAGCACCAGGACCACGAGAAGCUGCACCACCCGGGCAACAAGGCCCAGCUGGAGGAUGUGUGGGAGAAGCAGGACCACAUGGACAAGAACGACUUUGACCCGAAGACCUUCUUCUCGAUCCACGAUGUCGACAGCAACGGCUACUGGGACGAGGCGGAGGUCAAGGCCCUGUUCGUCAAGGAGCUGGACAAGGUCUAUCAAAGCGAUCUGCCCGAGGACGACAUGAGGGAGCGGGCCGAGGAGAUGGAGCGCAUGCGCGAGCACUACUUCCAGGAGACCGACUCGAACCACGACGGCCUGAUCAGCAUCCAGGAGUUCAUGGUGCAGACCAACAAGGAGGAGUUCCAGAAGGACCCCGAGUGGGAGACGAUCGACCGACAGCCGCAGUACUCACACGAGGAGUACUUGGAGUACGAGCGCCGGCGCCAGGAGGAGGUGCAGCGCCUGAUCGCCCAAGGUCAACUGCCCCCGCAUCCGAACAUGCCGCAGGGAUACUACGCCGCUCCACCACCGGGCGGCGUGGCCUACCAGCAGGCGCCACCGGCGGGCGGACAACUGCACUACCAGCAACCCGACCAGGUGCACGCCCAGCAGCAGCAGCAAUACGCGCAGCAGCAACAGCAGUACGCUCAACAGUACCAGCAGCAGCAGUACGGACAGCAGCCAGUGCAGCUGCAGCCCAACCAGGUGUAUCAGCACGUCGGACAGGUCCCGCAGCAACAACAGCCAGUCUACCAGCAGCAGCAACAACAGCCUGUCUAUCAGCAGCAGCAACAGCAGCCCGUCUACCAGCAGCAACAACCUGUGCAACAGCAGCAGCAGCAACAACAACCUGUACAACAGCAACAGCAACCCGUACUGCAGCAACAGCAACAACAGCCUGUGCAACAGCAGCAGCAGCAAACCGCUCAACAGCAGCCCAUUCCACAGCAGCAAGUCCACAAUCAGAGCCCUCCGCCCGCUCAAAAUCAACAGGUGCCGGUGCAGCAGCAACAAAAACAACACCAGGAAACGGCAAAUCAGGCAAAUCAGCAACAUUAAACAUUCCCUUGCUGAAGCAUUUCUUUUAGGCCACUUAAGCAAAGCAUUACAAACUUUUGGUAACGAGAACACAAUGUGAUUGGACUGAAAUAGCUCACUAAAAUCAAUAUAUCUCACAUACAUCUCAUGGUUAUGUAGAAAAUUUACAAAGAAACAACUGUUUGUCAACGGUUACCGCAUUCUCUUUUUAAAUUUGAUACUUCUUUCUUUUUGUACUCUUUUCUCUCUCAUCCCCUAGCUCUGCAUUUGCGCGAUGUAUUUUUUAAACGAAUUUUUUGUACAUAUGAGUUGAUGCCUAAACAUCAGGAACAUAAUAAAUGCAGUGAAACGA